UCAGUUAGAGCGUUCGCCAGCUCAAUAUCCGCUGUUCUUCAGGGUCUUUCUGUCGAUGCUGUCCAUGCCCACUUCUUUGCAGCCAUGUCCCCGCCCCCAAGCCCACUCCUACCCAAUCCGGAGUCUCGACUCUGCACCGGUACUCCUGACCAAAUCCGUUUCUCAGGUCGGCAAGGCAUCUCUGUACGGUCCCUUCCCACUAGCUCCGCCAAUCGCUCGCUUGGUCCCUCCCCCUUUAGCCCCUCCCUUCUCGCGCCGCCAAUCCUCGCCUUUUGUCCCGCCUGCCGGCCGUCGAGCUCACCAAUCCCUGCCUCUGGGAAGCGUGGCCUGGUAUCCCUCAGCCCUAGCGGGUCCUGCCGUAGGGAGGUGGAGGCGGAAGUGGCGGCGCCGGCCCCGGGAGUAGGAAGGAGCCGGGGCUGCAGCCGGAGUGGAGCGGCUGCCAGCCGAGGAGCAGGCGCUGCCGCGGCGCCAUAUUGCGGCCCCAAGCGGCCGCGACCGAGUCAUGGCCGAGACCUACGUCAAACAGGACUCCAACCACACAAUCGGCGUGGAGUUUGGAUCUCGGGUGGUCAACGUGGGUGGAAAAACUGUGAAGCUCCAGAUUUGGGACACAGCCGGCCAGGAGCGGUUUCGAGGGGGGCAAUCUCAGGGCAGACCCCAGCCUCGGGGGUGACUGGGUUCCCCUGGCCCCACAGGUCGGUGACGCGGAGUUACUACCGAGGGGCGGCUGGAGCCCUGCUGGUGUACGACAUCACCAGCCGGGAGACGUACAACUCGCUGGCCGCUUGGCUGACGGACGCCCGCACGCUGGCCAGCCCCAACAUCGUGGUCAUCCUCUGUGGCAACAAGAAAGACCUGGACCCGGAGCGCGAGGUCACUUUCCUGGAGGCCUCUCGCUUUGCCCAGGAGAACGAGCUAAUGUUCCUGGAGACUAGUGCCCUCACGGGUGAGAACGUGGAAGAGGCUUUCCUGAAGUGUGCCCGCACCAUCCUGAACAAGAUCGACUCAGGCGAGCUUGACCCCGAGAGAAUGGGCUCGGGCAUUCAGUACGGGGAUGCCUCCCUCCGCCAGCUGCGGCAGCCUCGGAGCGCCCAGGCCGUCACCCCUCAGCCAUGUGGCUGCUGAGACGUGCACGGAGCCAGGGUCCAUGGGACAGAGCCGAAGCUCGUAGCCUGGUGUUUGCCCCGCCAGCCUCACCUGCCUCAACUCACACCUCUCCCCACCGCUCAGGCCUCUGCAGACAACCUGAAGUUCUUCCCCUUUCUCUGGGUCUUCGUUCAUGCUGUUCCCUCUGUCAGAAACACUGUUCCUUCCCUCUCUUCCCUCCUCCCCCUCCUUCCCCUCCUCCAGGAAGCCAUGCUUCCCCUAUUCUUGGUCCACACUCCUUGCUGGGCUUGCAAGGCCCUACAGGAUAAGGUCCCAUCCCCACCUCUUCGAGAGUGUGUAUGUCCUGCCAAUUCGCCCUGAGCUUCACAACCCCCCACGCCCCCCCCCCCCCCCCACUGCCUCCCCUGCUUCCAGCCAUUGGCGGCUCCAGGGUGGCUGUGGGGAAAAGUGCACAGACCUUGGAUAUACUUUGAAGGCAGAGCCAACAUGAUUUCCUGAUGAAUGGAUGUGGCAUUUGAGAGAGAGGAGUCAAGGGUGAGUGUUUUGGGCAGCCCUGUUUCCUUCCACACCCCUGCACCUGCUGUGGCUCCGCUGGGGCGUAUCUGUCCUCCAACCUCCUUUCUUUUUUCUUUCUUUUUUUUUCCUUAAAGAUUUUAUUUAUUUAUUUGAUAGAGAUUACAAGUAGUCAGAGAGGCAGGCAGGGAGAGAGGAGGAAGCAGGCUCUCCGCUGAACAGAGAGUCCGAUGCAGGACUCGAUCCCAGGACCCUGAGACCAUGACCUGAGCCGAAGGUAGAGGCUUUAACCCACUGAGCCACCCAGAUGCCCCUCCAACCUCCUUUCUUUCACCAACUGCCCCUUGUCAUCUGGUCUUUGCCAGACCCUUGUCACCUUCCCACCCGGGGCCACCACUACCUCUAGCCGGCUGGUCUCACAGGUGCCCCCUACGUUUUAUUUAUUUUUUUAUUUUUAUUUUUAUUUUUUUAAGAUUUUAUUUAUUUAUUUGACAGAGAUCACAAGUAGACGGAGAGGCAGGCAGAGAGAGAGAGA